CUCCCAGCAUCAGGUCGUGUGUUGUGAAACAUUGCAGGUUAUUCAAACUCAAUAUGUCAGUUUAACCCAGCUCAUUAAGUUAGAAAAAUACCGCGAUCGACCGCGGCAGCCCAUAGUGAAGUCUCCUCGCGUCAGCAGUCAUUUAAAUGAAACGAUGGCGGCACUGUAGGCUUCUGUUUUAAAGAGUACGAGUUCAUAACAUGUUCCCCGCUACGUGGUCGCGGCUGUCCCGCUUGGCUUCGUCCAGUCGAGGACGCAGGACGCUCAGUCUGUUCUCCAGCUCCGGCUCGUCCAACUGGAGCAAAGUUGUGUCCGACGCGGAGAAGAUCGUCGGGUACCCGACCUCCUUCAUGAGCCUGCGCUGCCUGCUCAGCGACGAGCUCAGUAACGUUGCCAUGCACGUCAGGAAGCUGGUGGGGACACAGCACCCGCUGCUCAACACUGCGAGAGGCUUUGUCUACGACAGCAAGAACAACCUUCAGAUGAGGGGAUUGGUCGUCCUGCUCCUGUCCAAGGCGGCCGGGCCCAGCAGCGCAGCCAUUGACCUCCACCCUCAGGACAUGGUCAGCGGCAUCUACCCCAGUCAGAGAAACCUGGCAGAAAUCACCGAGCUGAUCCACACCGCGUUCCUGGUGCACCGCGGGAUCGUCAACCUGAAAGAGUGGACGCUUUCCGACGGCUCGCUCAAAGACAUGCAGUUCGGGAACAAGAUGGCGGUGUUGAGCGGGGACUUCCUGUUGGCCAAUGCUUGCACCGGCCUGGCACAGCUCAACAACACUAAGGUGGUUGAAAUGAUUUCGAGUGCCAUCGGAGAUUUGGUUCAAGGAAUCUACUAUGAAAAUAACAACAAUGAAGAGAACGCGCUCGCCGGCGGCGUGGACGUGGCGUCGUGGGAGGAGCAGGCGUUCCUGUCCCACGGGGCGCUGCUGGCCAAGAGCUGCCAGGCCGCCAUGGAGCUGGUCAAGCACGACAAGGAGGCGCAGCGGCUGGCCUACAAGUACGGGAAGCACCUGUCGCUGGGCCACAAGCUGAACUCGGACCUGCAGCCGUUUGUGAAGAGCAGCGCGGGGGAGCCCGAGUCGUUCAGCCUGAGCAGCGCCCCGGUGCUCUUCCACCGCCAGAUCGUCGGUCCGGAGAGGUGGCAGCAGCAGCUCCAGCAGGCCACAACUUUAAGAAACCAGCUUGAUUAUUCACAGCUUUUGGCAGUGGUGAAGUCGGAGAAAGGCGUGAGCUCGGCGGUGGACUUGUGCUGUUACCAUAGCAACAGGGCUCUGGAGGCCAUCCAGGCUUUCCCCUCCUCCGAGGCUCGAGCCGCCCUGGAGAAUAUCGCCUCCGCCAUCACCAAAUUCUGACCUGGACACACACAUGUGUGCACACACACACACACACACACACACACACACU